AUGUUUGUGGCGCAACGAGAGGUUGUUUGUGGCACAACGUGGUGGGAUGACGCACGGCCGGCAGCCACUGGCAUAUGGCUUCCUCCUACCCGCCCUGCUGACCACCCGCUUGCUGGCGGCUCGCGAGGCGAGGCGGAUGGAGCAAGGAUGGAGCGAACGAAGCUCGUCUUUGCCCAUGCGUGUGCUCUCCCCACCUGCACCCUUGGGCUGGGCUCGGUAAGAGUGUGUCUGGGUGGUGAUCCUCUGAUUGGGGUUGGCUUCCCCUCUCGUUGGCUCUCACUCUCCCUCUUGCGGAGCGGAGCCGCAAGUAAGUGUGUGCCUGGGUGCACCCUCUUCCCGGUAACUCCUCUUUCGGCCUUUGAAGCCCUCCUGAUCAGCACUCCUCUUUUCAUCAACGCUGGAUGUGAGUGCAACGCCUACGGCCGCCUUCUCUGGAUGUGCACACAGGAGGGAGUGGAGCGAGGAGGGCGAGGAGGCAUCACCACAGGCAGCACGAGAGGCGCGCACAACCCCCCUCCUCUCUUUCCUUCCCUCGCCCUAGGAGGGAGUGGAGCGAGGAGGGCAACAAUGCAGCAUGGCGGGGAGCACGAGAGGCGCACACAAUCCCUCCUCUCUCCUUCCUUCCCUCACCCUAGGUGCACAGAGGGAGUGGAGCGAAGAGGGCGACAAGGCAGCACCGCAAGCAGCACGAGAGGCGCGCACAACCCCCCUUCUCUCCUUCCUUCCCCAUCCCUAGGUGCGAGGCGCGAGGAGGGCGAGGAGGCAGCACCGCAGGCAGCACGAGAGGCGCGCACAACCCCCUUCUCUCCUUCCUUUCCCGUCCCUAGGUGCACACGGGAGGGAGUGGAGCGAGGAGGGCGAGGAGGCUUCUAUCCCGUUCUACAGCAAGGCACGGUCGGAGCUGAGGUGCUGGGGGGAGCACGGUGGGGGAUGGAGCAACAACUGCCACCAGCAACAACUGCCACCAGCAACUACUGCUUUCAGAAGGGAUGCGCAGCAUGGCGGAUUGGAGAGCUGGUGGGGACCGCCGCAGCAUGGGAGGCGCGGCAGCAGCGACCGCAUCUACUCGGGAGGGCGGAGGGAGGCGGAUUGGAGCACGGAAGAGGAUGGAGCUACGACUGCCACCAGCAACCUCUGCUUUCAGAAGGGAAGCGCAGCAUGGCGGAUUGGAGAGCUGGUGGGGCGGCUGGAGCAUGGAAGGUGCGGCAGCAUUGA